AAUAAGCCCGGAUACAACACUAGAAAGAUCAAAAUCAAACACAUCUUUCAAUGGAGCAAGCAUUCCACUAAAACCGCAUAUAUUAUGCAUUUAAUAAUCAUAAUUUCUGCCUCUAUGAACCAAAGGAACUGCUACUAGUAAUAAUAUUCGUCACACUUCAUUUUCUGCUAUCAAGUGUACUCCGCUACGGUGCGGUUGCUCACUGCAACCCUUUUAUUAUCCAGAAUUAGAUUCAGAUUUAAUUUUCAAAUUGCUUUAUUGCAAUUUUCAAUCAUUGCAAUUCAUGCUUCACUAUUCGUUUUCCUUCAAUCUUGACCAAUCUUGAUUUAGAUCAGAUAUUGUCAUGUUGGUGUAUUUUUUAGGUGAAUUUUGAUUUAAAUGAAAGAGUACUUUGGUGGGUCUUUAUUUUUGUGGCAAAACUCAGAAAGAGUCAACAGAGAUUGUAUUUUUUUUGUGUUUGGAAAAACAGGCAUUUUGUUUUUGAAGAACCCGGCUAAAAACAUGAAAGAUUGUGUUUUUGUGUGUUUUGAGGUUGAAUUAUAAUUAAGAUAUGAUAGUACUUUUUUGGGUUUGGAGGGAAUUGGAAAAGUACGCCUUUUGGUUUUGAAGAACCCGGAAACAAACAUCAAAGGUUGUAUUUUGAAGUUGAAUCUUGAUUCAGAUUAGAUAGUAUUUUGGUGGCAUUCGAGGGAGUUGGAGAAAUUGUGUGUGUGUGUGUUUUUUUUUUUUUUUUUUUUGUGGGGUGGAAGAACUCAGCAAGACUAAUCAAAAGAUUUUAUUUUGAUUUGUUUAGAGGUUGAACUAUACUGCAGAUCAGAGAGUACUUCGGUGAGUUUUGAGGAAAUUGGAAGUUUGUUUCUUGUUUGUGUGGAGGAACUCACUAACAGUCAUAAAAUAUUGACCUUUGGUGUAUAUUGAAGUUGAAUUUAGGUUCAUCAAAGAUUGUCCUUUUGGUGUGUUUUGUAGUUCAGAUUAAAACAUACUUCUUGUGGAUUUGAGGGAAUUGAAACAUUGUUGGUUGUGUGUUGUUGGGGAAGAAUUCAGCAAAAGUCAUGUUCUAUGGUUCAGUGUUGCGGGAUCCAUGGCUAAUUGUUGCCCAAAUUGGGUUUCUUCAAUGCAUAUACUAUUUGACAUUAGGGAUAUUCUUGGAAACUCUUGUAGGGAGUCGGGUUUCUCGGAUGAGUUUUGUCUAUUUCUUUGAUUAUGCCACUGUUACUGCUUCAACUGUCACCGGAUGGUGCGUCAUUGCUUCCUUUCUUCUCAGUUCACUUGCAGGAGCUGGCGUUUUACUAUAUUUAAUUGAGAGAGCAAAGAAGUGCCGGGAUUUUUCUGCAACACUCUACAUCAUCCAUCUUUUUAUAUGCAUUGUAUAUGGUGGUUGGCCUUCCUCAAUAACAUGGUGGAUUGUGAAUGUUACUGGGCUUGCUGUGAUGGCAUUGUUAGGUGAAUAUUUGUGCAUAAAACGUGAAUUACGAGAAAUUCGCAUUUCAAGAUACCGAUCAACUACGAAUGACGUGUCAUGGAUGAACCUUGAGAACACUAACCCGAGUGUUUUGGAAUUCAUAUAGUGGAUACAAGUUAGUACUUAUAUGUGAUGUGUUCAAGGUUAUGAACAAAAUUAGAGCGUUGCAGUUACAAAUUUGGGAUUAUUACCACAAACACAACAAAAAAGAAAGGCAGGGAGAGGGAGUCAGUAUCUGAAGAAACUGAUGGGAGUUAAUGGGAUAAAAUUGCAGAAUAUUGCUCUGAGACCUCGAGGUUGACUUUGCCUUGAACGUGAUUCUCUUUUCUACAUGAAGUAAAGUGUCUUUCUUCCACUUGCCAGUUAACUUCCCUUCAGUAAUUGAAUAAGAUGCUGGGCUUUAUAACUGAGAGGUUCGUCAUUGUCAGCGUUAUGGAAAUUAAGUUGCCAUGGAUAAAGAGGGAUCUUUUAGAUUUUCUGACAGUAAUAAAUAAAUUAGAGUAAAAAUUGUCAAAUUGUACCAGGUGUUUGGGAUUUGUUCUGAUUGUGUCCCCUUCAUCCAUCAGAUUUUGAAUUAGUUGAUGUCAUUUCUAGAAUUUGAAAAAUAUGUCUGGGAUGCCAUUAGCCUUAUUCAGUACCUAUUUUCCCAAAUGUGUAUCUUAGUGUUUUAGCUGAUCCCCAGUGUUGCAGUAUCAAUGUGAAAAUGGUGACAUCGUAGGAUGACUUUUCAUUCUUCCUGUAAUUUGGUUAAAACUUCUUUUUCUGUGAAGGAAACACUGUGCCGAGCAACUCAACCGCUGAUAUAUCUCCAUGAACCCCCUCUUUAGAAACUUAAGGCGGAUUCUUCGUAGAACUCAAGGCCAAGUACUAUCCAAUUCAUGUCAUAAGAGGACUUGGCCUUUAGUUAUGCUUAGGAUCCAUAUUUGCUUAGCAAAAGUGUGAGGGGCCACAAACCAAAGAAGGAAUUGAGGGUUUAGUUUUUCUGUAACCAUGGUUACCCCCCAACCCCACAACAAAA